AUGUUAUUAGUAUUCUUCCUAAUUCCUUUCUUGUACUUAAUAAAGGACUCAGAAUCCAACUUUGUAGAAGAACUCCAAAUAAGAUCAAGGCCCGUAGUGGAUGACUAUACGACAACUUUAGAUGAAAAAAUCUUGUACCCCACAAAGAAUGGAGAAAGUUACUUAUUUCAAUUGGUAGAUCCAGCAUAUUACACCUCGCCAAAGUUUUACUAUGAUCACGACGAAGAGCAAACCAUUGUGUAUAUUGAUAAUGGGAAGUUUUAUUUGAGGACCACGAAUGAUUAUCUUUCAGCUUACGUUGAUCCUCCAGAUUAUAGCAAUGCAUUUUCAACUAUAAAACAACAAGAUGGCAGUGUACGAUUGGCCCUAAAUCCGAGAUCUGAAGCUAACACUUUUAAAGCUUUGGUACAAAGUAAUUCCGUGCUGAACAACAAGAUUGUCUCGCUACAUACUUCCGGCGAUUUCAUUCUUGAUUCUCAAACGUUUUAUCUCGAGGGAAUAUCCAACAUCACUGCUUAUCACCCCACAACGUCUUCUACAUCUUCCAGCACCAGUACCACUAUAAGGCGGACCUCUUCGUCUAGAUCUUCCACCACCAGAUCAAUGCUGUCAACUUCUUCAACUUCAAGUGCUGUAUUGAGAGGAAAUGCGGACAGAGCCAACACGGUGCCAGAUAUAACAUUUUUAAUUGGAAUUGUUUUGAAUAUAAUGGCGUAG